AUGAGCACGAGCAAUAUAGGUACAAGUAGUGCUGCCGAUGACAUUGAUUUUAAUAAAUUAUCCCUUGAUGAAAAAUUGAAUAAUAGAAAUUGGAAAGGUAGAUUGUUAGGGUAUCAAGAAUUGAUCAAAGUGUUUAAUAAUGCAGUGGAUGUCAAUGAUUCACAAAUUCGUAAAUAUUGGAACGAUCCAUCACAUUUUGAAUCAUAUUUAUUGGAUAGUAAUGUAGUAAGUCAUGAACAAGCUGUUAUUGCCCUGGAGGCAUUGAUUACAUUCAUGAAACCAUUAACGAGUGAUUUAGGAAAUAAAUCUCAUAAAUUGUUGAAUGCAUGGAUUCCAUCAUUGAUUGAAAAAGGAUUAGGAUCAUCUAGACAACAUACAAGAGAAAUAUCAACAAGUUGUAUACUUUCACUAUGUUCCUUAGAUAAUUCUAUUGAGACAACUAUCGAUAUCUCUAUACCAUUUUUAGAGAAAAAAUUACCCAGAUUGUUGUCUGCUACACUUAAUAUUAUUUCAAAAUUACUAUCAAUAUAUGGUAUCAUUAAUAUUAAGAAUUUGUUGACAUUUUUUAAUCAUGUAUUAGAACAUAUUCCAAAAUUAGCAAGUCAUGCAGAUAAAAGUGUAAGAGCAGAAUCACUUAACGUGAUAUUACAAAUAUAUAUAAUAAUUCAUGAUGAUACCGAUUAUAAUAAAUUCUUACAAGAUUUUAUUACUGAUAAUCUGAAAAAUAUUCAACAACGUGAAUUAACCAAAAUGUUUGAAAAUAUUCAAACAGAUAACAUAAUUCAAUUUACUCCAUUUGAAACCACCAGAAGGGCAAAUGAACUGGCUAAUAUUGAUGGUGAUGGUGAUACAAUAAUGCUUGAUGGCGAUAAUAAGAGUUCAAUCGAUAAUAAUAACGGAAUAGAUUUAUCUACAUCUUUUAAUGGUCAAGAACAAAAUAGAAUUGACCCAUUCACACUAUUACCUGUCGAAACAAUCUUAGAUAAAUUACCUGAACAAUUUUAUGAACGUGCUCAAUCAUCUAAGUGGAAGGAUAGAGUAGAAGCUUUAGAAGAAUUUUAUAACGAUACUUUAACUAAAAUCAAGAAAAUUGACCCCAAGGCAAAUUAUACUUCAUUAUUGGACGUUUAUGCAACAAUUCUUUCCAAGGAUGUAAAUUUACAAGCUGUAACAUUAUCCACUGAAUCCAUAGAUCAAAUAUUUAAUAAAUUAGGGAAAAAAGAUCUAAAUAAAAAUUACUGUAUUUUGGUUUUUAGUCCACUAUUAUCAAGAACUAAAGAAAAGAAGGCUACUGCCAUCGAACCAAUUCGUAAUUGUUUGAAAAUGAUUUGCAACAAUUAUAAUCCUUUACUUUCAGAAAAUGAAGAAUUUUUAAUCGAGAUUUUAUUUGCUAUGAAACAUAAGAUCCCUCAAAUUAGAUUAGAAUGUACGAUACUUUUCACUGAUUUACUUCAAAAUAUGAAACAAUUAGAUAAAAAGAGUAUCUUAAAGAGAUUAAAUCAAGAAAAUGAUCCUGAUUCAAUCUUACCAAUUGUAAUCAAAAUUGUAAAUGAUACACAACCAACACUUAGAAAUGCAGGGUUUGAAUGUCUAGCAACUUUAAUUAAAUUAUUUGGUGAAAGAUAUUUUAAUGAUAGUCUUGAACAUUUAGAUAAUAUGAAGAGAAAUAAGAUUAAUGAUUUAGUUACAUCUUUACCAACUUUUAAUAAAUCUACCAAUGAUCAACAACAAGUUAUCCCAUCUAAAAGAGGACCACCCCAAAGAGUUACAUCUUUACAGAACAUAUCUCCAAAAAGAUCGAAUAAUUUAAUACGGAAUGAUGAACAUUCUUUAAAGAAUAUUAAAUUGACUAAGACCAAUAAUAUAUCACCAAAGAAUGAACCGAAAGCAAUUUUAGAGAGACAACAAAAUAAUAUUAAUGAAAUGAAUAACGUUCAAUCAACGCCUAAUACUGCAGUGAAUACACUAAAAAAGGAAAACACAGUAUUAAAUAAAGAAAGGACAGAUUUAAUAACGCAAUUGAGUCAGUUAAAAAAGGAUAAUGAAAUGUUAUUGAGCGAAAAUAAGAAUCUAAAGGAUGAAAAAAUAUUUUUAAAGAAAACUAUUGUUGAUAAAGAAUCAAACUUGGAAGAAAAACUAAAUGAAGUGAAAAAGUUGAAUGAAAAAAUCAAUACCUUGGAACAACAGAUUAUAAGCUUAAAAGAAAGUCAGAGCCUACCUCCUGUUAGUAACGGUGGAACUUUAAGUCAAAAAGGAUCCAGUGACGACCUAAGAAGAGGUGUUGGAUCUCUAAGACUAAAUUCUAGUAUAGAGUCUACAGCAACGUCGAAUCUAAAUUUAAAUUUCGGAAUUGAUAAAGACCAUAAUAAUUUAAAAAUUAUUAAUAGUGAUAAUGAAGAAAGUUGGAAACGUGCUGCUGAAGUUACAAAAAUGUUGAAAGAAAGAAUUGAAAAGAUGAGAGCUAGAACAAAGUAA